AUGAAUAAAAGGCGUGCCUUCAUCCGCUCCAAGUACGUGGAGCGUCGAUUCAUCACCAGCACUACUGGUGGCACAGUGGGUAGACAGAGCAAGACUAGGUCCUCGCUGGGACGACGUGCAUCUCUUGAACCUGUAAAGGUCUCCGGCAGCGACAUGACGGCCGCCUCUUCAAGGGAUACCAUCGUCUCCGACCCCGACCGAUUUCUGCGUCGAGAUCUCUUACGUGCCACCCGAACCGGCGACCUCUCCUCGCUUCUGCAGGUAUACUUAUACCUACCUAUAUUUUGA